GUCAUCACAUCAUCGCUACAUUCAACCCACAGUAUACUCCUCCGCAGCAGUAAUGGAAGACACCUCCAGACACGAGUUCCCAUUCUUAGAAGAGAUUUACUCCCCCGAGCAACCUAAAGUCGAUUUGGUCUUCGUGCAUGGUCUAAACCCCCGAGGGAAGAACGACCAUCCCUUUGAAACAUGGAGACACGAGAAUGGGACUUUCUGGCCAAGGGACUACCUCCCCCAGGAUAUCCCCCAGGCCCGGAUCUUUGUCUAUGGGUAUAACUCGACCAUCACGAAUCCGCAGAGCAUGUCCACGGCUAGUGUCAAGGAUCAUGCGAAUACGUUGUUGAAUCUGCUGGACUUGGAGCGGAGUCCACAGUUGAAUGUGCGACCGCCAAAGAUCAUCUUUAUCGGACAUAGCUUAGGCGGCUUGGUUAUCAAACAGGCUUUGUUGAACGCACACGAAGACCCCAAAUACACCUCCAUUCGCAACAACACCUGUGGGCUGGUAUUCUUUGGCUGUCCGCAUCGAGGCACCAAAGGGGUCGAGCUGGGCAAAAUCGCUGCAAAAGUGGCCCGGUUUGUCGCCAAGGGACACGCUAGUAACGACCUCCUCGAUUGUCUAGAGCACAACUCGCUAUUCACCCGGCAGAUGACAAGCCGAUUUUCGCAUCAGCUGGAGGAUUAUCGGGUGGUCAGCUUUGUGGAAGGCAAGGAAGUCUUCUUGGGAGGUGCCGGUCCGGCAUCGGUGAGCCAUUUGGUCGUAGAUGAAGAAUCGGCCGUGCUUGGACUCCCUGGUCAGCGGGAAACCCGGCUGAAACUCGACGCCGACCAUUCACAAAUGUGCAAAGUCGGCAGCCGAGGCCCGAUGUACAAGUUAAUCAAGGGCAACAUCAAACAAAUCGCCGAUCAGGUGCUUAUCGCCGACCAAGGGUACAUUCCGCAGCCUUCCACAGCCUCUCACCCCGCGCCUCCCCUCCCCCCGCGUCUCCCAGUGAAUAGCAGCAUCCCAUACCCCCCACCGAUCACCCCCCAACCCACAACCAAGCGAGUCAUCGGCGUUCUCUACACCGCAGUCGACAACGAUGCGCGAUCAAUCCAAGCAGCAGAGCACAAGAACAACUGGCGAUGGGACGAGGCUCGGAGGCUAGAGUAUGCCAUCUUCCAGGACCAUUUGCGAUCGCUCGGCCCCGACCACCACAGCACCCUGGAGAUCGGCUACAAUCUGGCGGAAAUCGACCUCGAGUCCGGAUACUUCACCAAGGCAUCAGAAUGGGCACAAUGGGUCGCUGCUAACAGCCAGCGGGUGUUCGAUAAGCGACAUCCUCUCGCGAUGAAGGCCGAGAGUAUCAUUGGGGAGAUACUCUGCCAUCAGGGAAAAGGCCAGGAAGCUGAAUCGGUGUGUGCGAAUGUGCUCGCGCGCCAGCAAAUGACUAUCGGAGAAGAUGCCCUCGAUACUCUGGACACGCGUCGCCGUCUAGCUGCCGCAUAUAGUGUCCUGCAACGACGGGAAGAAGCCGUACAGACGUCGGAAAAGGUUACCGAGCGUCUGCGCCAAUUGUUAGGGCUUAACCAUAUUCGGGUCUAUGCAUCCAUCCUCGACACCGCAGAACAAAUGCUGUCAUGCCGAUCCAAUAACACCACCGAAUUGAUGGUGAUGCGAUUCAACCCGGAGAUCGACCAGCUCGUGCAGGCGAUCACGCAGAUCUCCUGCGAGCUGACCGAACUCCUCGGCCCCCGCCAUCCUCUCAGCAUUCGCAGCCUGCGCCUGCAGGGGGGGAUCCAAAUGCUGGAACCAAACGGCACCACAACCGCCUCGGAAACCUUCCGGCGCGCGCUAGCCAGCGCGGAGGAGUACCUUGGACCGGAUCAUCCCGAGACGAUGAGCACCGUGGCUCUGAUGGGGGUCAUGUACGCGACGCAAGGGCGCAACCGCGGAAUCUGGGCCCCUCACCAUCAAUCCAACACCGAUCAGGCGACGCCAUGGCUUGUCCGGUACCUCACUUGGGCGGAGAACCGCAUGGGGGUGGGCUGUCCCGAGGUGCAGUCCACGCUGAACAUGCUGGCCAAGUUGCACAUGGAAGGGAAGAAUUACGUGGAAGCGCAGGGGUAUUACGAGCGGUUGGUUGCAUCAUACCAGCGGAGUCAGACAGCGGUGCCACAGGAGGUGCAGACCAUGUUGCAGCUGUGUCGGAUGAACACGCGGUAUUUGAUGCCGCAGCGGAGUAGUACAGGAGGACUACAGAGUUUGUUGUCGUCAUUUCAACGAAUGUGAUUGGUUUGUUUUCAUUAACGUCAUAGCAUAGCAUGCAUAAAUAAUUAUCCAGCUCCACCC